AUGUGUCCCUUUGGGAAUCUGCAUCACCUGCUCCCCAUCCCACUUGCCCUCACUCUCCUAUUUCCACCUUCCCAGCCUACCCUCCUCCAAGUCAUCAGCCAAUCAGGCCAGCUCAGCCAAGCAUUCCAGCUUCCCAGCAUAUGUUGCCUUCAUAUCCAUCCUGGGAUCACUGUGGUCCUCACCCAGAGCACCAUUGUGACUGGGAGGAUCAUGACCACCAUGGGUGUUCCAAAUAUCCAACUUUUUGAGAAGGGACUGAGGUUGCAGGGUGAACUAGAGUGUGAAAACUCAGUCUCCAAAAGUGUGAAAACUACUCAAGCUGUCUUUGAAGUAGGACAAAGUCUGAGGUACAAGGAAAAAUGA